AUGCACAUGGAAUUCGACUUAUUAACUUUUCUGUACGAGAUAAUAUUUGCUAAACCGUUAAAUAAGGAAUACGCAUUUCAAAUCGUCGGUUGCCUCAUUGUACAGCCUUUCGCCGUAAUGGCAUUUCUCAACCCGAUUUACGCAAUGCAGUUCAAAAACAUCGGCGAGUACAUAAGUACAUCCUUCGGAUCCCUAACAACUCGAAGCCCCCGCUUCAACAAAACCAUUUCCUUGAUCAUUCUCAAGACGAAAUUGAUAUUUUUCAGCGUUGCAUCGCUACUUUGCAUGAACGCCUACGUAUUAACCGCGUUCAACAUCGCCUACGACGGGCCGAAAUUAUACGUUGUCAUGGAGGUUCUGUUAAAAUAUCAAAAUCAUUAUGUUGUUAAUGCCAUGAUUUUGUUAUCUACAGCAGCGACCGCUUUUCAGGCCAACGUGUGUUUGUCUUUUAUAAUCUACAGCGCUGUUCAUGUAAUAUGCCAGGUGCGCUUACUGCGGCAUUAUUUGGCGGAGACUAUGAGGAACUUAGAGCACUCGUUAGAUGACGAGAUGUAUCAGAAACAUAUAGGUGAAAUUCUAAAAUUCACUGUAAUGCAGCACAACAAUAUUGCUAAAUUCCACAAAUACUACUUACGUUUAAUGAAAUUGCCUAUACUAGCGUUGACUACAUUAGCUGCAAUUACCUUGGCAAGUUGCUGUUAUUAUCUGUAUGCAGACAUCAAUCCUUACUAUAACGUACCCAUGUAUGGCAAUAUCGGAAUAGCUUUGAUUUUAUUGAGUACUUACACCCAUUACGGGCAGUUACUAUCAAACGAGUCCGAAAAUCUAUAUAAAACUCUAUGUAAAACACCUUGGAUUCAUUGGAACAAAAAGAAUCGCCAGUUUUUGCAAAUAAUGCUGAUCAAUACAAAGGAUCCCUUAGUAAUUAGCCUGAUUCAAAAGCAAUCUUUUAAUUACGUCUACAAUUUAAGCGUAAUGCGGUUUUGCUAUGGUGUAUUCACACUUGCAAGAAGUUUAUAA